AUGGAAGAAACGGGUGCCUCAUAUCAUCAAUCUCCCAAUGAUACCUCAUUAUCCGCAACAGCAACAACAACCACAGCAACAACCACAGCAGCAGCACAAUCCUCGCCACUACCAUCCGAAUUAAAUGAGAAUAAUCCACCUUCUCCACCUUCUCCUCCUGCGGAUACCGCUACAACAACCUUCAAGAUAGAAGAUUUCGAGUGCAUCUUGUGCUUACGAUUACUCUAUGAACCUACCACAUUGAAAUGUGGACAUUCGUUCUGUCGGACGUGUGUGGAAGAACUCUAUCAACAAAAUCAUGCCAAAUGUCCCACCUGUCGUCAGGUAUUGCCCAUUGUCCAUCACUAUUCCUCUGAAAAAAUGAGCAUUAUUGCUCCCAGUUUUACGCUUUGUAAAUUUCUGGAAGUGGCCUUUCCAUUGCAGUACAAGGAACGCCACAACGAAAUUAUAGAAAUGUAUCCUUGUCGAGCAGGAGCAAUGGACGCGACUUUUACAAAUUCGAUGAAUGCCACGACUACUACUACCGCCACAACGCCGCUUCCCCUAUUCUAUUUGGAUCCCAUGGUCCCUCGACAAGUCAUGCAAUUGAAUAUCUUUGAGCAUCGUUAUUUGCUCUUGAUAUCCAGAUGCUUGGAAGGAUCUCGACACUUUGGCAUGGUAGGAUUCAUGUCCCGGCGCAUGAUUGCAGAACGACGUCGACGACGAUUGAGACAAGCCGCCGAGUCUACUGUUGUUGCGAACAACAACAAUAAUCAUACUAUUGAUCCAGAGGACGAUGACGAUGAUGACGACGAGGCCUUGUCCAUGAUCUAUGGUGUGGAAGUGGAAAUUGUCGAAAGUUCACCGCAACCUACUGGUACCAUGCACAUUCAAGUCAAGGCGAAACGAAGAUUCAAGAUUGUAGGAGACACAUGGAGACAAGAUGGAUACACCAUGUCCAAUGUUCAAUGGCUUGCUUUGCCAGCAGCCGAAUGUACCAAUACUACAACAACAACUACUACGAAUACAACUGCUACUACAACUAAUCCAUUAUUGGAAUCAUUGCCGGUAACGCAAGAGGAUGCGAAUGAAACACAAGAUGAUGAUGGUGGUGAUAAUGCAGUGCCGGCAGGUGAGAUUUCAACUUUCAAUGCGGCACUGUCAGAGUCGCAAACUGCUACAGUUUCCCAAGAACCAGCGGCUUUAUCGGAAAACGAUAGUCGUGACGCCCAAGAUGCAGCUGCUCAAGAUGACAAUGCCCGAGCGAUUCAAUUGGCACAAGCCCUUGGUCCUCUUGUCGAAGAAUGGAAGGCCCUGGUCGUUGCGGAAGGAUGGCAACGGUAUCAUGGACAACUUGCCCAAACAAUCAAUACAAUUGGUCCCAUGCCAGAAGCCAACGAUAUCCGAGGGGCCAUUGAUCGUGCGUUGUGGGUCACGGCGCUCAUCAAUCCACUUCCAGGAAUGGGCGUGGCUCCCGAAAUUCGACCAGAAGUCUUGGAAGCGGCGGCGGCGGCCACUGACAAUGUUGUUCCUCUUCUGUUGAUUGUCACACAUGGAAUGCGCAAAUCCAUAGAGUACUUGACACCGAAUGCGGUAUUGGUAUGGAUGCAAUAUCAAUUGCAAAAAUUGUACUGCCUGCUCUUGGGCAGAGGCACGCGCCGAUUGGGACCACCACCACCCCUUCCAGGAACCCACCAAAUGGUGAAUGCUCUGUUGAGACUCUUGGUGGUUUGCUUGGUCUUGGGCUUUUUCUGGCAACGCAUACUGGCCCCCAAAAGAGCUGUCUUGUCGUCAUCGACCGUGUCGUCGUCAUUGUCGUCGUCGUCGUCACCAGCAGAGGAGGUGCUUCUUUCGGCAGCGGCAGCAGCGACCGCAUCGCCCAAUAUGGACACGGAAACUGCACCUUUGGAACUAUGA